AUGUACCACCUGCUGACUGUCCUCUGCGCUGCCCUGGAGGCCCUGAGCUGCCAGCCGGCCCUGGCAGUCCUCCAGGCCCCUCGUCCGGCCAACCACAGCCGGGCGCUGCCCAGCCUGCUGGCUCACCUCAAGCGGCUGGUGGGGGUCAACGGCACGGGGGCGGCGGCCUGGGGGGGCCGGGCGGCCGAGACGUGCCAGGGCUACUACGACGUCAUGGGCCAGUACGACGCCGCCUUCAACUGCACCACGGGCGGCUACCGCUUCUGCUGCGGCACGUGCCACUACCGCUUCUGCUGCGAGCACCGGGCCAUGCGGCUGGAGCAGGGCCGCUGCACCAACGUGGAGACCCCCUUCUGGGCCCACACCCAGGCCAGCAGCACGGCCGGGCCCGGGGGCCGGGGGCCGGGGGGCUCCGAGGCCGACCGCCAGCAGAGCAACAGCACCGUCUACGUGGUCUGCGGCGUCAUCAGCUUCACCCUGGCCGUGGGCCUGGGCAUCAAGGUGGCCUUCGGCAAGGCUUCCCGCCGGCCCCAGGGGCGGGAGAUCAACAUGCCCAG